AUGAGAGAUAUGGGAAACACAAUGAUGUCCAAGUUCUUGAAAUAUUGGAAAGACUACAACUUAGUGCUUGCUUUUGGUGUCAUUUUGGAUCCUCGUUACAAGCUUGCAUUUGUCAAAUUUUGCUAUGAAAAGUUGGCCGAAGAGUACACUUCAAAUUCGAAGGCUAUUAUGGAUGAUUUGGAGCUGCUCUUUAAGGAGUACAAAACUCAAUCGUCCACUUUACCUAGUCAAAGUGUGGUGCAUAUGGCUUCUCCGAGCAUUCCUUUGGAUAGCCACACUGCUGGUUUCUAUGCUUCCAAUAUCAAUCAGAACACAUCAACUAGAUCCAAUAUUGCAAGGGAUCAUCAAUUUCGAUAUCCUCAACUCUCUCGGAAGGCAAAAGAUGUGCUUUCUAUUCCAAUUUCAUCAGUUGCUUCAGAGUUGUCUUUUAGUUUGGGAGGUAGAAUAUUAUCCAAAUGGAGGACUUCCAUUUUGUCUGAUACCCUUGAAGCUGUUGUGACAACUCGUAAUUGGAUGCAUAGAUAUAAAAUGGACGAGGAUGAUGAAGAUGCAGAAUAUGAUGGAGAAGAAGUGAAGCUUGUUGAUUGA